GAUAAACAUGUCGAGUGUGUGAAGAAUGUUCUGGUAACAGGUUGUCCAUACCAGACAUAUGGCAGGGAUUGUCAAUGUUUGUGUCUAUGUCCAGACGACAGGUGUCUACCUGACGGCAGGUGCUACAGGUCAACCUGCAGGAGGGGCAGGUUCAAGGACAGGUGUCUCCACAGUGAUCUGUCAGUGUAUGUCAGUGACACAACUGCCAGUGACACAACUGCCAGUGACACAACUGCCAGUGACACAACUGUCAGUGCUCUGGUUGACAUGGAUGAUACGACCUGUGUCACAACUGACAAGCUCGAGAUAUCACUCAGUCGACCUUUUCGUGUCCUUGGCGUGACCUUGACCUUUCAAGAUGACGCCAAUGGAAUCGAGGUCUCGCUGGUCACGUGGUCACAGGGCGACAAGUCACGUGUCUCACAAGCCAACUCCGUCGUCAGGGGCAACCAGAGCCUGGAGCUGCUGGUAGCAGCAGAUGGAGAGGUCAAGGACAUCCAGGUCCGCUUUAUGCUGGACACUGUCGUCUGCUCGCUGCACAUUGACGGCGGGAAGGUCAUUCAAGACGACCUUCACCUAACGUUGUACAAGCAGAACUCACCUAUCGUUGACCUUGAACAUCUGGCUUAUAGGGCGACCGAUGGAGAGUUCAAGGCCGCUGGCUGUAUCCACACGACCUUGGCCGACUCUUUGCACGUGGACUUUCCCGGAGAUAUUUUUAUCUUCCACGUAAUCGUGUACACACAAGAAGAAUCCGGCCUGGCAGUAUUGGGAAUCUCAGCCACCGGUGACGUCAUUCAGCGGACCCCCAUCAAUGUCACGCAGCGGGUGCACCACAUUCACGUGCAGUCUGACGUCACCAAGCUUCACAUGACGUCACAACUGUCCAGUUUUUCCUUGUGUGAGAUCGAAGUCAUGGGAGAUUUUCUGAGCACCUCAGCAAUAUACAAGUCCCAGCAGUUGGAGGAUGAGGUCCUCAACGUCUUCACGAUGGGCAACGAGCAGGAAGAGACCACCCAAGGGCGGGUGGAGAGGCGGGGCGGUGGGCGUGUCCAGGACGACCAUCAGAUGACGUUGGAGGACAACUUCGCCUGGCCAACCGUGGUGGCCAUCGUCGUCUUCGUCUUGGCCAUCCUUAUGGUCCUGUGUGUGUGUCUGGCCAAAAACUUCAUGCCGACAGAAAUUAAAGGACUAAAAGGCGUCAAAGAGGCGUAUCCAGGAUUAUAUGCAAUCAAGCAGGCCCAGGAUCUCAAAAACUCAAAACACAAGGGAAAGAGGAAAGUGGAUAAGACAAAAGUGGAUAAGACAAAAGUGGAUAAGACAAAAGUGGAUAAGACAAAAAAGGAUAAGGCAAGAGUGGAUGAGACAAAAGUGGAUAAGACAAAAGUGGAUAAGACAAAAGUGAAUAAGACAAAAAAGGAUAAGACAAAAAAGGAUAAGACAAAAAAGGAUAAGACAAGAGUGGAUGAGACAAAAGUGGAUAAGACAAGAGUGGAUAAGACAAGAGUUGAUAAGACAAGAGUGGAUAAGGCAAGAGUGGAUAAGACAAGAGUGGAUCAAGAGGCAGGAGAAAUGAGUGACUCGAGCAUUGAAGAAAGUUCGGACAACUAGACGAUUGGUGAGACGGUGGAUUGGUGAGACGGUGGAUUGGUGAGACGGUGGAUUGGUGAGGCGGUAUUUGUGUUACUAUGUUGUGUGACAAAGUGGAUAUGACAAUUUUUAUGUCCAGUAAUUUUUUUAAUAAAUACUU